AUGUCGCUUUUGAACGAGCCCAGUGUCGACUUCCAUCUAAAGCUCAAUGAGCAGUCCUUCCACAUUCCGAAUGAACUUUUAAAGAAUAAUGUCAAAAAGGUUCAGAAACUGGUGGAACGGGAAACCAAACGACUGGAAGUGCUUUUUGGUGAUCUCAACGCUGCCGUCGUGGCUGGCCACGACCCUCAUGUGUCUAUCAACAAGCUCAACGAUAUAAUUAAAGCAGUGGAACUGCUGGAAAGAAAGUUAGACAAAAGGGUUAACUUAGAGGGCGAGCUUUUGAAAAGAAUUGAGUACCGUUUCAACUACUACAACGAGCUCGAAGAAUUGAAAAAAAGUGGUAAUCGGGAAGGCCUCAUUUCCUGGUACCAAGUUUACACGAACCUACUAAUAGGUGACUAUUUAGUGAGGAAUAACAAUUUGUGCGAUCAAGAACUGGCCCGGGACAGCCUCGAAACGAGUUCGCGACUGAAACGGAAAAAUAAUUCUCCGGCAACACCACCUCCCCCUGUGAAUGCAGGUCUUCAGUUUCUCCGAUCGCAAGGACUAGAACACCAUCUGGAUUGGGACAUUCUAGUUACUGCAAACCAAAUAUCGAAAAGCUUGGACGUGAAUCACGAUCUCACUCUCCUGGUUAACUGGAUCAAAGAGAACCAGGCUUAUUUGACCAGUAGAUCUUCUGCGCUAGAGUUUGAAACGCGGCUUCAAGAAUACAUUGAGCUCGUUAAAACUAGAAAUUAUCCCGGUGCUAUUGGAUGCUUUCAAAAUCAUCUGAUAAAAUUCAUUAACACAAACUUCGAGGAGUUGCAACUUGCCUCGGGCCUUCUGGUGUUUAUCAAAAGCUUUAAAGAGCAAGUGCCACAGCAAUCGGAGUCUCAAAACGACACCUCCAAUAUGAAGACCAGGUUCGGAUUCUUCCAGUAUUUUUUCGGGAAAGCCCCGCCGAGAGAAUUGGGUUCCGGCAAUGGCACGUUUGGAAGCGACACUAGAACAAAAUUCUCAGCCAACGGGGAAUUUGUACGAUACACUCGAGUUUUGAGUGAUGACCGAUGGAACGUUUUGAAAAGACUUUUUUUGCAGGAAUUUUAUUCGAUGUACGGGAUAUCUCAACACGAUCCCUUACUGAUCUAUCUUUCUCUUGGGAUAUCAACACUCAAAACCAGAAGUUGCUUACAGGACAUGUACUCAACCGUAAAGCUGGACGAAGAUUUGCACAAUUUUCUCAACAAUGAGCUAAACCACUCGAAAUGCCCAGUUUGCAGUCCAGAGUUUGCACCCAUAACAAAAGAUCUGCCCUACGCCCACCACAUCCAAUCCAACUUAUUUGAAAAUCCUGUUAUGCUCCCAAAUGGAAAUAUUUACGACUCAAAGAAACUGAAGCUACUAGCAGUAAAACUUGCCAGCAGAAAGCUUUACGAUUUGAAACCAGAUCAAGUUAUGGAUCCAAUUAAUCAACAGGUUUAUGAUGAGAAAGAUUUUGUUACUAUGUACCCGACAUGA